UCUCCAAACAGAACCAGUAUUUAGGGGCUUCUGUUUUUCCUUGUGCUUUUUUUCUCUUUAAUAUCUCUCUCUUUCUAUUAUCUUUCAGGUUCUAAUACCUUUUCUUUUUAUGAGUUUUUCCAUGGCUUCCUUUCUUUUCCUCUCUAUACCCACUUUUUCUUUCCAAUUUCUCUACUCUUUUCCUUAAUCUUUUUCUUUUUGAUCCUCAGCAAUAUACUUUUGUUUUAAUCUUUCUGGCUUCCUUUUUUUUUCCUUUCCCCUUAAAUAUUUGUAACCCAUUUAAGUUUUAGAGGUAUUAAGAAUUUGGGUAUUGGAUUUGAAGCUAGAAACUCUUUUAAAAAUUAUUGGGUUUUUUUUUCUUUCUUUUUUUGUGAGUUUGAGUUUUUGAAUUUCCCCAAACGGUGGGUUUAAAGAAGAAAAACUAUAGGGUUUUAGCUUUAAUCAAGGAAUGGAACAAGUUCCUGGAGUGGUUAAGGAAGAUGAUCAGCUUGAAUUACCACCUGGUUUUCGAUUUCAUCCAACAGAUGAAGAGCUUAUCAGUCAGUAUUUGUACAAGAAAGUUGUUGAUAUCAACUUCUCUUGUAGAGCUAUUGGUGAGGUUGAUUUGAAUAAGUCUGAGCCUUGGGAGUUACCUUGGAAAGCCAAAAUGGGAGAGAAAGAAUGGUAUUUUUUCUGUGUGAGAGACAGAAAAUACCCAACUGGUUUGAGAACAAACAGAGCAACUGAAGCUGGUUAUUGGAAAGCAACAGGGAAAGAUAAAGAAAUUUACAGAGGAAGAUCUUUGGUGGGAAUGAAGAAAACCUUGGUUUUCUACAGAGGAAGAGCCCCAAAAGGAGAAAAAACAAAUUGGGUUAUGCAUGAAUACAGAUUAGAGGGCAAAUUCUCUGUUCACAAUCUUCCGAAAACUGCAAAGAAUGAAUGGGUAAUUUGUAGGGUUUUCCAAAAGAGUUCAGGUGGGAAGAAAACCCCUUUAUCUGGUUUAGUUAGAUUGGGAAAUUUUGGGAAUGAAAUUGGUUCUUCUGGUCUCCCACCAUUAAUGGAUUCUUCAACUUACAGUGCAAAAUCUAAACAAGCUCCACAGUCUUCUAACGUGCCCUGCUUCUCCAACCCACCAAUUAUGGAUGUUCGUAGAAACCAAGAAGGAUUUGUUGAUUCAAUCAACAACAACAAUAAUACACUUUUCUCUGUUUCUUCAAAUCCCUCAACCAACAUUUUCCCUAGAAUCCCACUUUCAGAUUCAAUCUAUCCCACACAAACAGUGCCAAUUUCAGGAAACCAACCACAGUUCCAAAGCUCAGUUCUAAUGCAGGACCAGUCAAUUCUGAGGGCUUUGCUUGAGAACCAGAGUUCAAAUUUGAGGCAGACUUUUAAAGCAGAGAGGGAAAUGGUAAGUAAUUUUUCUCAGGAAACAGUGCUGAGCAGUGAAAUGAACAAUGAAAUCUCUUCUGUCAUGUCAAACCUUGAAAUGGGUAUUAGGAGGCCAUUUGGUGAUCAUCAAGAACAACAACAACAGCAACACCCACCCGUUUCUGGUCCACCAAUAGAUCUUGACAGUUUUUGGAGUUAUUGAGCCAAAAAAAAAAAAAAAAAAAAUUAUAUAGUGAGAAAGAGCAAGAAUUUAUCAGCUUCUAAAAGCUUUCAAUUUACUUGUAUUAAUGGUGUUUGGGUCUCUGUAUAAACAUCUUUAUCUAAGUCUUGAAAGUGAAAAAAAAAAAAAAGAAAAAAGAAAAAGAGUGAAAUUAAGUGAAGAAUCUGUUUAUGUACUGUAAGAAAAACAAAAAAUUAUAUAUGUGUUUUCUGAUAAA